AUCCCUAUCUCAAUCCCACAUAGCAGCCGCCAGCCAACAAUGGAUCUCAUUCAAAUCUCUAUCCCUAUGCCACACAGGUAGCCAGUCGCCCGAACCCAUAUUUUCACCUCGUCGAUGCCCUCGUCGCCAAUUGAUCUCACCUUUUGCAUGCGGGAUUGGUGGCAUUGGCGGUAGAGAAUCAUAUGAACCUAGAGACGUCAACAUCGUUUGUGGAUUCGAAGAUAGAAGAGAGACGAAGUAGAUCCGCCGUGUUCUGUGAUGGGCUUCUCGUGUCGUCUGCGACGGCGACACCCUAUCCCAUAUCCGUCGUGGCAAACGAGGGCGCUCCUGGACGACGCGGGAGAGGGGAGAAGGAAGAGGAGGAUGUUGGAGGCGGAUUUGUGGAGGAGUUCAAGGAAAGAUCAUCGGUGGAAGAAGUAGCAUAUUUGAGGGAGGGAGUGGAAGGGUGUCGCUUUGGGGGAUUGGAGGGUGCAAUGGAUCUUUCUUUUCCUGCCCAUUACUGAGUUACGCGGGGUGUAGUCGUCGAAGUUGAAGAUGGCUGUCGGAGAAGGGGCCAUUAUAGAAUCAAUUGAGCGGGAAAGC